CUCAGAAAGACCUUUGAAGUUUAAUGCGUUUUCAUAUUCACUUACAGCGUACAAACCAACUUUCUGGUUACAGUGCACAAAGUGUUACCAAGCUUAAGCUCUUUUUGUUGUAGAUAUCACAGCUCGAUAAGUCAUUUGAUCUGCACAUUUGUGCUCACUGGUUUUUUUUGCUCCCAUUUUUCAGUGCAAUAUAUUCCAAGUGAAGAGAGAUAAGAGGAGUGCAGGAGUAGGAAUAUUUCAAAAGGUAUUUUCUUAUCACCUUGGUGCAUUUUUCAUUCAACGCUUUUCCAUAAACUCUCUGGCCUCAGCCAAUUAGAAUAAAUCUUACUUUAGCCUCAUUAUUUUUUCUGCUGAUGUGUUGCUUUUAUUAAUACCUUAAUGAUCUAGGUAAAACUCACUGCCCACACGGCUGAAAUUUUAAUAGAGUUAAAAUUAGCGAGUUAUAUACAUAACCUACUCUAGGUUACAUGGAUUUUCGUAAUUAAUGGCCUUGUAAUUCUGAGCCAAUCCUAAUUAAACCUGGGAAUGCUGAUUAAAAUUUUGUACUGCUUGGAUUGUUAACAUCAUCUGCAGAAAACAGAGGACAGCUCCUGUUUGUGCUUCUCACACAUGCAUGAAAUGUGUGCACACGCUGGAUGGAGAAGGUAAAUUAGCCUUAAAGGGACAGUUCAGAAUUUAUGAAGAAAUGGUUGUGUUAAAAUGUUAUAAGCAAUUAAUAUCUUGCAAGCAGUAGAUAACUCUCUUGGGGUCUUUGGUUAGUAUAAAUCCAAAUUAAUUGGACCUGGAGGCUGCCUGGGAUUGUAAAACAACUACAAACGGAAAAAUGUUUUUAGCAGUUAAGUGUGAAUGCAAUUUUGUGACUGCUUAAGCUGUUGUCAUGGGAGCAUUGGGUGGUUAUUUACAAAGAUGAUGAAGCUAUUAUUAAACUUUUAGAUCAGCUGGGUUUUUGUGUAUCCAUAUAUUACAAAAUAUAAGUAUGUUUUAAAAAAGUCCUAAGGAAAUGUUAAAAAAAUAUUUUUCAAAUCUAAAUUUUACAUUCCCGACAUAGCAACACUAAAACUAAAACUCCUGAAAUGUUACCCUUUUGGGUUCUGUGCGCCUCCAAAUGAUUAGUAUUGCCCCCUAUCUGCUCAUUCCUUGCAAAGCUUUCUGGAGGUUGGAGGCAGUGCGACAACAAUGAUCUUCCUGUGUGGAACAGGUACUGAAAAUGCAACACAAAGGGUUUUCAGAAGAUAACAGGAAAGCUGAAGAAAGUACAGCAAAGCUUAUUUGCCUUUUAAGCUCCCAACCUCUGUGAUUUAACAUGCUAGAUUUUGAAAUGACGGCAACCUUAUUGAAAUUGGAGACAGUUGUUUUACUAAUGCCCUGGCUGUGCUAAUCACUAACAUAAGAUGCUAAAUCCAGUUGAAAAUAUCAAAUCCAGCAUUUUGUUUCACAAUAUGGAUUUUCUGCUUCUACCUUUAAUAUAAAUAAUUAAACGAAGCUCAGAAUAAGUUAUUUGAAUGUUAACUGAAGUAAGACACCAAGCUCUACAGCAGGUUAGAUAUUAACUGCUUAUCCAUUUAAGGCCCACCUCCAGUACUGGGGGCAGAAUUUAACUCGUUUUCCUCUAGUUUAUUUACUGCGAGUUCCAUUAGUUAAAGAUAAACCUAUGUGGUAUCCAGAGAAAUAGCAGAAUCUUGGCAAAAAGCUAAUAUAAACCAUUUCUACAAACACCAAAAACAGUUAAAACUAAAGGCAGUUCAAUCAGAAAAUAACUCUACAAAAUAAUGUACAUACAAAACUCGGUCUCAACUGUUCACCACACGGCUUCUACACACACAAUCAGCAUGUCUGCAAUAAGCAGAGAGCUCACAGACUCCAAAAACUCAACCAGCAGCAAAGGAAGGCCAGAAUUCCCACUUGAAAAACACAGUUAUUAACAUGAUUCUUUAGAUAGAGUAUACCAAUUUUCAGAAAACUUCAGUUAGAUUUGGGCAUGUUAUUUUUAGCUCAAACUUCACAAAACCCCUUUGGACGUAAAUAGUUAAAACCUUUAAGCAGAAUCUCUCUUCAAAAAACUCGAACUAUCCCUUUAAUCAGCUUCAGAAUCCAUCCUUCCUUCCGAUCCGUGCCGUGCCUGUGAUCCGCGCCGGGUUUUGUGCGCCGCCAUGCUCAGCCAGCUGCUGCAGAGCAGGGGACCUGUGCACCGUUUCUUCUCGCCUUGUUUGCCUCCAGUCCGGCUGUAGCUCCGACUGUCUGCGCGGCGUGUGGAUGAGGCGCAGAGGGAACGACCCCGGAGCGCACACAGAAGCGCUGGAGAAACCACACUCUCCCGUUUAGAUCAGAGUCCGCCGGCGUGCAUAAACCGCCGGAGGACUUCGGGCUUACUUGAGGCUCUCGGGAGUUUGAUUUUGAAGCCAGACUGGGGCGCAUCUCAUCUCCUUGAAGUGAUCCCUUUUUCAUGCAGCCUGUCCGUAGCGCUCCCGUCGGAAGGAGUCUGUGAGGAAGAAGAGGAAGGAGAGAGGGGAAACGAUCAUUACUUUUGAACAUGGAGCUAUUCGUCCGGUCCCGGGCGCACCGGCUGGAAGAAGAGCGCUUAUCCGCCUCGGAGAUCCCCAUUUUCUGUCCAGUGUGAAGAAGGUCAGGAAUGCAGCAGAGCCCCAGCCAUCUUUGUACAGUUUAUGAGGGCUUCUUUUAAAAUAAAGCAGAGAGAGGAGAGGCAGCGGGGGGACUCCUGGUUUUGGUAGACUGAAUCGGAUCACCACUCCACGCCGCGGAUUCUUAUUUUGGCACCGCGCUACAAAAAGAUGCUCGGCGAUACUUCUCAGAAACCUACUGAUCACUGAAGUCUUUCCGGCUCUCCGUCCUCCAACUGCGACACUUUGAAGUCCUGUUAUCAGCCCACCAAUCACUCGGAUCGUUUGCUAACUGCGGCACAAUGACCUCUGCACUGUGGAGGUGUGCAGUGUUUCGCUGCCUCCUGCUCCUUUUCCUGUGCUUUCACUAUACACAAGGCUUCAGCCGUGCGGCCUUGCCUUUCGGGCUGGUCAGGAGAGAGCUCUCGUGUGAAGGAUAUGCCAUUGAUCUCCGCUGUCCUGGGAGUGAUGUCAUCAUGAUCGAGACAGCCAACUACGGCCGCACUGACGACAAGAUCUGUGACGCUGACCCGUUCCAGAUGGAGAAUGUCAACUGCUACCUCCCCGAUGCCUACAAGAUUAUAUCACAAAGGUGCAACAACCGUACGCAGUGUGUGGUUGUCACUGGCUCUGAUGUCUUUCCCGAUCCAUGCCCUGGCACCUACAAGUACUUAGAGGUCCAGUAUGAGUGUGUUCCCUAUAAAGUGGAGCAAAAAGUUUUCAUUUGUCCGGGAACUCUGAAGGGCAUAGGAGCCGCCACCUUCUUGUUUGAGGCCGAGCAGCAAGCAGGCUCGUGGUGCAAAGACCCGCUGCAGGCUGGAGAGAAGGUUUUCUUCAUGCCCUGGACGCCCUACCGCACAGACACCCUCAUCGAGUAUGCCUCCCUGGAGGACUUCAAAAACGGUCGGCAGACAACCACAUACAAACUGCCACACCGUGUGGACGGGACAGGUUUUGUUGCCUAUGACGGUGCCAUCUUCUUCAACAAGGAACGAACGCGUAACAUUGUCAAGUUUGACCUUCGCACCCGCAUCAAAAGUGGCGAGGCCAUCGUGAACAACGCCAACUACCACGACACCUCACCUUACCGCUGGGGCGGCAAGACGGACAUUGACCUUGCGGUCGAUGAGAGGGGUCUGUGGGUGAUCUACGCCACGGAGCAGAACAACGGACGCAUAGUAGUGAGCCAGCUCAACCCGUACACCCUCCGCUUCGAGGGCACCUGGGACACGGCAUACGACAAACGCUCGGCCUCCAACGCAUUCAUGGUGUGCGGUGUGUUGCACGUGGUGCGCUCUACCUACGAGGAGAACGAGAGCGAGGCCAGCCGCAGCCAAAUCGACUACAUCUACAACACCAAGCUGAACCAGGGCGAGUACACGGACAUCCUCUUCCCCAACGAGUACCAGUACAUCACUGCCGUGGAUUACAACCCCAGGGACAACCAGCUGUAUGUGUGGAAUAACUUCUACGUCCUGCGCUACGACCUGGACUUUGGGCCGCCGGAUCCCGCCGAAGCACCAACCACUGAGGACGCCUCCGUCUCAUCUUCCGUACCCAAAACCACCCCGUUGUUCACAACCACCACCGUACCCACCCUGAGGGGGCAGGGCGAUACCACUGGAGCGGGAGCUGAUCCGAGAGAGGGAAGAAUACUUUAUGAGGAUAACCAUGGGUCCAUCACGGCUGAGCCCACAGUGCCCGAGCUGCCCCCAAUGCCCCGCCGUUUCUGCGAGGCAACCAGGAGGAGAGCCAUUGACUGGCCCCAGACACACACCGGUACCACUGUGGAGAGACCGUGCCCCAAAGGAACCAGAGGCACAGCUACUUUCCUCUGCAACAUGAUGGGGACUUGGUGCUCCAAGGGGCCGGACCUCAGCAACUGCACCUCCCACUGGGUGACUCAGGUGGCACAAAAGAUCCGAAGCGGCGAAAGUGCGGCUAAUUUAGCCAAUGAACUGGCUCGGCACACGCAGGGCCCCGUGUUCGCCGGGGACGUCAGCUCCUCCGUGCGGCUGAUGGAGCAGCUCGUGGACAUCCUGGAUGCCCAGCUGCAGGAGCUGCGGCCCAAUGAGAAGGACUCCGCUGGACGCAGCUUCAACAAGCUUCAAAAAAGAGAGAAGACAUGCCGAGCGUACAUGAAGGCGAUUGUGGACACCGUUGACAACCUCCUGAGGCCAGAAGCGCUGAAAUCCUGGAAGGACAUGAAUUCCACGGAACAAACGCAUGCCGCCACCAUGCUCCUGGAUACCCUGGAGGAAGGCGCGUUCGUGCUGGCAGAAAACCUGAUUGAGCCGGCGAUCGUGAAAGUGCCGGCAGAGAAUAUUGUGUUGGACGUGUACGUAAUAAGCACUGACGGCCACGUGCAAGAAUUCAGGUUUCCACAGACGAGCAAGGGUGGAGCAACCCUUCAGCUUUCCUCUAACACGGUGAAAGUCAACAGCAAAAAUGGUGUGGCCAAGCUGGUGUUUGUGCUCUACAAGCACCUGGGUCAGUUCCUCAGCACAGAGAAUGCCACGCUGAGAGGAAUGGGGGAUCUGAACAAACAAAACCUCUCCCUCACCGUCAACUCCCACAUCCUGUCAGCCUCCAUCACAAAGGAGUCCAGCCGUGUGUUUGUGGCCGACCCGGUGGUCUUCACUCUGGAGCACCUGGAUAAGGAGCAUUAUUACAACCCUAACUGCUCGUUCUGGAAUUACUCAGAGCGAAGCAUGUUGGGAUACUGGUCCACUCAGGGCUGCAAGCUCCUGGAAACCAAUAAGAGCCACACCACAUGUUCCUGCAGUCACUUGACCAACUUCGCCAUCCUCAUGGCUCAUCGGGGAAAUGUGAGAGACGGGGGCAUGCACGAGGUCCUCCUCACCGUCAUCACCAGGAUGGGCAUCGCUGUUUCUCUAGUCUGCCUGGCCAUCAGCCUCUUCACAUUCUGCUUCUUCAGAGGUCUACAAAGCGACCGCAACACCAUCCACAAAAACCUCUGUCUCAACCUCUUCAUUGGAGAGCUUCUGUUUCUUGUGGGCAUCCACAUGACGGAGCCAAAGCUUGUGUGCUCCAUCAUUGCCGGAGUCCUCCACUUUUGCUUUCUGGCUGCAUUCACCUGGAUGUGUUUGGAGGGCGUCCAGCUCUACCUCAUGCUAGUUGAGGUCUUCGAAAGCGAGUUCUCACGCAGAAAGUAUUACUACCUCUCCGGCUACCUCAUCCCCGCAGUGGUUGUCGGCAUCUCGGCAGCCAUAGACUACAGGAGCUACGGAACGCAGCGGGUAUGCUGGUUGAGAGUGGAUAACCAUUUCAUCUGGAGCUUCAUUGGACCAGUGACCUUCAUAAUAGUGGUCAAUGUCAUCUUCCUGGUGGUGACGAUGUACAAGAUGGUGAAGCAUUCCACCUCCAUGAAACCCGACUCGAGCAGGCUAGGGGGUAUCAGGUCGUGGGUGUUAGGAGCGUUUGCCCUGCUUUGUCUUUUGGGGCUCACGUGGGCCUUCGGCUUGUUCUUCCUCAAUGAGUCAUCCAUCGUGAUGGCUUACCUCUUCACCAUAUUCAACACUCUGCAAGGGAUGUUCAUCUUCAUCUUUCACUGUCUACUUCAGAAAAAAGUCCGGAAGGAGUACAGCAAAUGUUUCCAUCAGUCCCAGUGUUGUGGUGCUCUGCCUUCUGAGAGUUCCCACAGCUCCGUCAAGGCAGCCACAUCUCGAUCCACAGCCCGCUACUCAUCUGCUACACAGAGUCGCAUCAGGCGGAUGUGGAACGACACUGUGAGAAAGCAGUCGGAAUCCUCCUUCAUCUCGGGCGACAUAAACAGCACCUCCACGCUCAACCAGGGGAUGGCUGGCAACUACCUCCUAACUAACCCCCUCCUCCGAACCCACGACACUAACCCCUAUAACAACCUCCUGGCUGAAACGGUGGUGUGCAACACCCCCUCUCCACCGGCCUUUCACUCCCCAGGACAGCCCUCUCUCAGCAACAGCAGGGACAUCAGCACCAUGGACACCCUACCCCUCAACGGCAAUUUCAACAACAGCUACUCUCUGCGCGACGAUGACUAUGAAGCUGUGGUUGUCCGAGCGCCUGGUGACCUGGGUGGCCUCAACCUGGAUGAUGCCACAUUUGAGAAAAUGAUCAUAUCCGAGAUUGUCCAUAACAACCUUAGGCCCCGCGGGGCCCCCAAAGUUUGCAGCACCCCCAGAGAGAGGGACAGGGUCCCGCCUCCCCACACCCGCGUGACUGUGGACCAAGUUGGGGGUGGGAGCGGGAGCGAGGAUGAUGCCAUCGUGGCAGAUCACACGGAGGCAUCAUCCCUGCAGAGAGGAGGUGGAAGAGGAGGCCACACCACCCUAGAGCUGCUCCUGCGCCCAAACCACAAGGAGGUGCUGGAGGCUCCCCUCCUGCCCCAAAGGACUCACUCUUUGCUCUACAGUGCCCAGAAGGCCCCCAGGCGUCUGGAGGCCCAGAGCGGCCAUGGCUCGGAAACUGUUACCACAGUGGAGGAAAUGGGCUCCCAGUCACCCAACAACAACAGAGACUCUCUGUAUACCAGCAUGCCAAAUCUGAGAGACUCUCCCUCACCCUCAACUUCUCCAUACCCGCCAGAGGAGGGGGAGGAAGAGGAGGAGCUCUCUCCCUCACCUCACAGUGAAGACGAGGAUGCGUAUCACAAGAGCCUGCCUGAGCUUGGCGACGCUCCGCAGCCUCUGUCCUACUACCACAUAAACCGAGGCACCAGCGAUGGGUGCAUCGUCUCGCCCAGCACUGAGGACUGCGAGGCGGAUGGGGAAACCCCAAGUGAUGGACAAAUGCAGCUGAUUACCAGCCUCUGAGAUGGGGUGUGGGGUGGGGCACCUCUGUUUGCACAGGUUUGAACAGUUGGGUGCUUUCUGGUGAUGUCAAGUUAGCCUGGUGAGCCCGGCUCCGCACAUGCCCUUCCUAUUCGGACAGGAAGUGAAAAGUUGUUGGUUUGGGAAUAGAAUGAAUGACCUUUUUUGCACAGAGAUCUCAUUUUACACACAAGACACACCCAACUGAGGUCAGACAAAUGUGGUGCUGCGACAUCUCUGCUGCUGGACUAGUGAGGUGCAGAGGAUAACAUAGAGGCCGCAGUUUCAAAGAUAAGUCUGCCAUUUCUGUGGUACUGAAAGACAAAUUGAAGAGUAAGGGAUUUAAAAAAAUCUAAACCUCCAAGCAAAGAACCAUGAAGCUCUUGGCAUAUUCCUGAGGGACUUUGCAGAACCAGGGUCCUUUAAAGUCAAGAAGUGCAGAACAAGAACUAGUGAGGCUCCACUUACAUCGUCAGGACUGUAAAGUUAAGAAACCACUAAUUCAGACUCAGGCCUUAUAUUUUUCUCUAUUGCACAAUUAACUGUUGUACAUGAGACAGCUGAAAAAAUAUAUUUUGCUGUACCACUAGUGUAAAAAGUAAAACAAAGACAAAAUGAAAAAAAAAAGCAAGAAGAAACGGCAAGAAUUCAGUAGUUAUGCCAUUUCAAUGUUAAAAUUCUUCAGACAAGGUUAAUCAAACUGUUGGAAAUGUGCUUUUUUUCCUCUCACACUUGACUUGUGGUAGAAUGUUUGAAUAUUAAAAAAAGGAGAAAAAAAAGACGCUUUGAGAGACAUGAGUCCAUAAGAAAUCAUGCUCACAUCUCUGCUUGUGAAGUGUUUUUGCUUUUAUGAAUGACAAGUUUUUUUGCCAGUAGUAUAUUUGUUAAUACCAUCCACAGACUUAACAUUAGAACGAAUUGGAUCCCCAUGUAAUUUAUUUUACUUAAAAGAAACACUCAGCUUUGACUCCUUUCCGUUCAUGCCUUUGCAAUUUUUUGUUUCUUUUUCGUAAACACGUUUCAUCCUUUGACACUAAUUAAUUUAUUAAGUAAUAAAAAAAUGUAAAAAAAAAAAAAGAUCAUUGUUGGGAAGUGUGAAAAGACAUUGCCGCACUGAUUAGCUUCAUUUUUUUCCUUUUGUAAGAACCCAUCAUCGACUGGUAUUUAAUUCAACUCCUGUUUGAUAUCAAAUAAAUGUGAAACUUUUUCUCGUUCGCAGA